GUAACUGGGACAAAGUGUCUUUUUUCGCUUUUUCAGUCUUUUUCGACCGCGCGCCUAGCACGAUUUUCGUACAGCGCAAAUUUCGUCCUGGGACAGAACAAAAGCGACAGAGCGCCAGAGAGCGCCCCCCAAAAAAACAACAACACAGCACAAGAACUUACUUUAUCGGACACAUUGUUUCCUCUUUCCUUUGCUUCAUUGGAACCAUCCUUGUGCAGACAGAACGGCAAUAAUCACCCGAGCGAUGAAUGAGGAGGAAUCAAAGAGGGUGUCGUUGCAGGUCACGUCACUUUCAACGAAGCUUCUAGAGUCGAUUGAGAAGCAGAACCAGCUAGAAGGCCAGAUCGGCCAGUUGGAGAAGGAGAACUCUCAGUUCAAGGAGAAGAGCGAGUCGCUAAAUAAGAAGUUGCAAGAGGUUCUGGUUGCCAGAAACCAGGCGGAGGAUGAGGUCUCAAACUUGUCCAAGGAGGUUGAGGAGCUAUCAAGCUCCUUGUUCGACGAGGCCAAUAAGAUGGUUAGUAACGCGAAGAGAGAGGCGCAUGAUUACCAGAUGCGCAAUAACAACUUGAUCUCACAGCUCAAAGAGAAGGACCUCAUGAUGGAGACCUUGCAGAAUCAACUCACACAGUUGAAAGAUGUGUUGUUAGAGAGAGAUUCUGCCGUGUCGACGACAGAUAACUCAUCUUCAAGUCUGACAAAUCAACAGGGCGAACAAGAGCACCAGCAGCAGCCACCACAGCAACAGCAACAGCCCAAACAGGUGUUGUAUUCACCAACGGUGAAUGCUGUUAGAUUCGACCUCAAACCGUUUAACGAUUUUAAGAUUUUCACCCGUUCUAUAAAGAACAGUGAAUCCAUAAAGAACACCGAAACGAAGUUCUUCAAGCGACUAUUGACAGAUGACGUUGAGCCGGCGUUGAGGUUGGACAACGCCCCUGGCAUUAGCUGGUUGAACAGGCGCUCGUUGAUGUCAUAUCUCAUCGAUGGUCGCGUCUCCAUCGAACCUGUGUCUGGGAUUAACGAAACUUAUAGAGUUAACUUCCAGCAGCACAAGAUCAACGACACAGACGUCAAGUCAAGCCUAUACGCAUACCCACCUCACAGUCCUCCUGUGGCUAUAAGCGAGCCAUGUGCUGUAUGUGGAGAAAAGAGGGACGACAUCUUGGAACACUCUAGACUCUACGUGCUCAAAGUGCACGGUAGAUCCGACUCUGCCUUGUCAUCGCUGGGCAGUACGUCCCCAAUGGCUUCAAACCAAUACCCAUUGUGCUCCUUCUGUUUGUUUAGAGUGAGAUGUGCAUGCGACUUAUUUGCAUUCUUGAGAUCUCUAAAGACCGACGUCUGGGAUCUCAGCGAUGAUGCCAUCAUGAAGAAAUCGUGGAUCGAGUUGUCACGUUUGAGGUCAAAGCUAUUCUGGUCAAAGAUUGGGAUUUGGGACUUGGAUGAUAACCUCGUGACAACGAGAAUCACUCCAAGCACGGGCGAUAACGUCUACACAACCAUGUCAAAUACCGUUGAGUCUGCAUGGAGAAACUCCAUGUAUUUCAACUCCUCAACGGAGUCGCUGGUUGAGAAGCCAAGUUAUGAACCCUCAUCCCCUUCGAACUACAAAUCGUCGCCGUUGAAGGAGACAGAGACUGCUCCAGCACCGCAGAACCCUGUGAGCUUUAUCCACAGCGAUAGCACAGAGGAGACGGUGUUGAAAGAAUCUACAGAGGACGGUGAGGAACCGUAUAACGAUAUCUUGAACAACUACUCUGGGGACGAGACUGAAGCUGAAACCUCUCAAAGAAUCGAGUCCCUCGGCGUGGAGGAUGCUCAACCGCAGGACGACUCCAACGAACUCACCGAGGAGGAUGCUCCUGACCAAGGCGAGCCCAAUAACAACGGCGAGCCCAAUAACAACGGCCACGCUAACGACUCUGCCAGUGAUGUGUUUGUCGAUGCCUAAGCGUCUUCCUCCUCCACCGUUUCCACCUAAUCAAAAGAGUGUGUGGGGCC